UCCAGCCUCCUCAGCCACCAGCACAUCCACACUGGGGAACGGCCCUACACGUGUGGGGAAUGUGGGAAGAGCUUCGGUGACAGGUCCACUCUCCACACCCACCAGCGCAUCCACACUGGUGAACGGCCCUACAUGUGUGGGGAUUGUGGGAAGAGCUUCGGGAACAGCUCCCACCUCCGCACCCACCAGCGCAUCCACACUGAGGAACGUCCCUACACGUGUGGGGAAUGUGGGAAGAGUUUCAGGCACAGCUCCACCCUUCGCACCCACCAGCGAAUCCACACUGGGGAACUGCCCUACACGUGUGGGGAAUGUGGGAAGAGCUUCAACCAGAGCUCCGGCCUCCGCACCCACCAGCGCAUCCACAGCAGGGAGAGGCCCUACAAGUGUGGGGAGUGUGGGAAGAGCUUCAGCCAGAGCUCCACCCUGUACACCCACCAGCGUAUCCACUCUGGGGAACGGCCCUACAAGUGCUCAGAAUGUGGGAAAAGGUUUAAAAUCAGCUCACAUCUCCUCCUGCAUGAGCGGACACACACUGAUGAGAGGCCCUUCCGCUGCACCGACUGCGGGAAGGGCUUCAAGCAGAACUCCACUCUUGUCACCCACCGGCACAUCCACACUGGAGAGAGGCCCUACAAGUGUGGGGAGUGUGGGAAGAGCUUCACCCAUAGCUCCAACCUCCGCAUCCACCAGCUCAUCCACACCAUGGAACGGCCCUACAAGUGUGGGGAGUGUGGGAAGAGGUUUCAGACCAGCUCAGAUCUCCUCGUGCAUGAACGGACGCACACGGAUGAGAGGCCCUUCCGCUGCACCGACUGCGGGAAGGGCUUCAGGCAGAACUCCCACCUUGUCACCCACCGACGCAUCCACACCGGUGAGAGGCCCUACAAGUGUGGGGAGUGUGGGAAGAGCUACACCCAGAGGUCUGGCUUGACCAGACACCAACAGACCCACCAGUAAGGGAAGCCCUAUUAGUGCCCUGACUGCGGGAAGUGCUUUGGCCGCUGCUUCCACCCCGAAUGAAGCCCCUGAUGGUGAGGCAACCCCUGGAGUCCAGUGACUGUCAGUCCAUCCCU